UACUUUCUUCUGGUUGUUGUUCUUCCUAGGAUUCCUAUUGCUCUCUCUGUUUGUAACCCCAGCAAGAGCUCCUGGGACAAUACUGACGUUUCCCCUCCUUUCUCUCUCUUUCCCAAGGAAGACUUUCUGGAGACCUCAGCUUUUUCUUCUUUGGUUUUUUGGGGGAGGCUGAGCUCCCAGGUGCUUUUGGAAAGAAAGGUCUGUGGAGAGGGACCCGGCCUCCCCGUCUGUCUGCCUGUUUUGGGAGACUUUUCCACCGACUGAAGGAAGGCGACCCCCAAGAGCAGCAGCAGCAGCAGGAGGAGGAGAAGAGGGCUGGCAAGUCCCAAGCGCCUUGAUGCAUUUUCCUUGGUCCUGGACUGACAUGAUCCUCUGCCUUCAAGGUCCUCAGUUCAGAAAAGCUAUUGAAUUUAUUCAAGUUGAGAUGCUGAGUAAGGAGCUCAUUCUUGAUCCUACACUGCAGAAGAAGGGCCUUCUUCCAUGGUUAUGAAGAAGAAGGGAGGGCCAAUAGAAAGAUAGGAACCUUUGAAUAUUCCUAGCAAUACUAGAUUUACCAUGUGAGUUAGGUUCAUUGCUGCAUCUGCCAAUCCCAUCCUUUGCUGGCAGAGGAGAAGAUCAGGAGACUGUCGCUUGGGGGCCUUUCUGUGAAUGUGUCAGAGCAGGUCAUGCAGCCUCUCCCAGUCACACCCUUCCAUGAAGAGGCUGCUCCUCCUCCCUCUCUGGCACCCACGCUUCAGACCAAGCCACCUCAGACCCGAGACCCAGAGGAGGAUCUCCUGUGCAUUGCCAAAACAUUUUCAUACCUGAGAGAAUCUGGCUGGUAUUGGGGCUCUAUCACAGCCAGUGAAGCCAAGCAGCAGCUCCAGAAGACACCUGAAGGAACUUUCUUGGUACGGGACAGCACACACCCCAGCUACCUGUUCACCCUCUCAGUCAAGACCAACAGAGGCCCCACCAAUGUACGCAUUGAAUACGCAGACAGCAAGUUCCGGUUAGACUCCAAUUGCCUCUCCAAGCCUCGAAUUUUGGCCUUCCCAGAUGUGGUCAGCCUUAUCCAGCAUUAUGUUCUGUCAUGCACUGUGGAGAGCAAGAGCGAGGCCCCUUAUCCUCCUCCUAUGCCUUUACCUCCCUUACAGAAGGAGAUGGCAGCCUCAGCGGUACAUCUGAAACUAAUCCAGCCACUUGGUCGCAAGGACGGUGCUCCUAGCCUGCAGCAUCUUUGCCGGCUACGGAUCAACAGAUCCACGGCAGAGACGGAACAGUUGCCUCUACCAAAGAGAAUGAAGGACUAUUUGAAGCAGUACCCUUUCCGGCUUUGAGGAUAUGGCCUGAUUUAUUUUUGCCUCAGAUGGACAAAAGAAACUAUUUUUAAAAAGCAGAAGGGACAGUGUUGUAAUUUUGAGCCACUGCGGUGCCAUAUUAUUAAGUGGGCAUAGUAAAUAAGUGGCCGCCAGAAGAGAUCAUAACUCAUGUUCACUCCCCUUACCACCUCAGCUACCCUAAUUCCAUUCCCAUGUCAUGGAGGAGGCUGCUUGUACCAGCGAUACAUGUGUGUAUGGUACACAAUUCCAAUGCCCAAACCUCAGGGCUUUUCUCUUUCUCACUGACUGUGGCUGUGAGAAAACUCUCCCAGCUUAUGCUCACUACUUGAAUUUCAAAAUCAUCAUCACACCAGGAAUGUUAAGGCAUUGUUACUGUCAUUUAUUUAUACCCAUGGUAUAUUGUAUUCUUCCCCCCACCAUUGCUUCCAAAUAUAAUUGAGAUGGUUUUUACUUCUUUCUCUUUUUCCAAACACAUUAUUAGAAAAGGGCUCAAACUGCAGCUAUUUGAAUUAGACAUACGUCAUUAGGAGAAUCUGAAUGUAAACUUCAGUUAAGUUGUCUGGCCAGAGCCUGCUCCAUAAUCUAUGAUGGUGUUUUCUAUCCUUCCCCAGCUGGGAGCCCUGAAGGUUUGUUUCUGGUCGCAAACAACAUCCAGAUUUCAGGCCUGAUCCCAACCACAGAAUUGCUCCCUUUCCACCUAAAUAAAUAAGUGGGGUCAGAUCUUUUUCUCUCCACUCCCCCUUUUAAAUAGGAGGCUGUCAGUCUCAAUCCAACAUUAGAUCCAAUUGAUCAGAGAACCACAAUGGGGUGGGGGCUAAAUUCAUGUCACACAAAGUUUAAGUGUCUAUCUUAGAGACACUUCCUGACUGUUAGUUAUAAAGGUGACUUGUAGUCAAUUGUAGCUGCUUCUGUUUAUAUUCCUUUGGUGAAGGAACUCAGUAAAAGACAGGCCACCUCCCCCUUAUUAUUGCACUAGUGUCAGCCUAUAAGUUGAAUGUUAAGCUAUCAUAACACUGGUCUAGUUGCACAAUGGGAUUGCACAGAGAACAGGAUGCUAUUGUGUCACUCACCAUCUUACCUACUUAUGGAGGUUUGAAUCAUCGGCUAAAUCCCAUAUUGCCUUGUCUCUUUCAUACUGGAUUUGUUUUUAAACUUCCUUAAUGUCCUUUUUGACUUCCUAAAACUUACCUGUGGACACUUAAUUAACUUUGAUGCUGCAUCUUUGAGAAAGAGAGAGAGAGUUAGCUAGCUAGCUGUCAUUCCAGCUUAUUUUUACACCAUAUUAAGAUCAUUCUGGUGCAACAUAUUUAUCAGGGUGAAGGUCAGGAUGCCAGUGUUGACUGCUUAAAAGUGAGAGAAACCCCUUGGUGUCAAUUCUGUUUUCCACCUGUUUCUCAGCCUCAUGCAAUGUGGGCAGUUUGGGAAGGUGGGGUACCACCAACUUAAUCCCCAACACACUUUCCAAGAAGCAGGGAAGUAUAGUGUGAGCUGAAACCUUUCAAGUGAGAUGGCAAACUAGAUGCAGUUGGCUCUGCCUCUACUGACCCCUUGAGUUUGCUUUUGGUGACCCCACCAUUUGAGCCACCAGCCCCAGAGGGUGUUGACCUCUACACAUUCUCUGAAGAUGGAGAUUUGUGUGGUCUAAGAAUUUGAUUUUCCUCCAUUAUAGUCCUAAGACUCCAGAAUAGUUAAUGGAUAUACUUGCUUUCAUAGACUUAUGGUUGAGUUUGAGAAAGAUGCAGCUACUAUGUCAGAAAAGCAAGAAGGGAUAAGACCAGCCUUCCUCAAUGGCCAUGCUGGCUGGAAAUAAUGGCAGCAUUUGUCCAACAUAUCUGGAAGAUAUCAGGUUGAGGUAGGCUGGAUGAGAUCCCAGGGUAACCUGAAGGAAAUGUAAGGAGCAAAGUGCUCCCUAUCAACCAUCUAACAUGACCUGUUGUAUUUAAUCAGUGUCCAUUUAUUUUCAUGUUUUUCCCCCAGGAUUUGUUAUUUCUGUUUUUUUUUCUUGUCUUGAUAAUUGACAAAGGGUGUGUGUAUGUGUGAUAUCUGGUUUGUUAAUCACUGAGCUCUCCACUUGUGUGCUAUGGCAGGUGCUGGAGCAAAGACAAAUGAAUGAGAAAAGAAAAUAUAUUGAAAUAAAAUACAAUAAAGGAUAUUUUUAAAUAUAAAAAA